AUGGCCUUGUCGCUUGAUGAUAAGCUGUUGGGGGAAAAAGUUCAUAACUAUUGCAGUAGUAGUAGUAGUGAUGAUGAAGCCUCAGAUAAUGCUGGAGAAAUGUCUGAUGAUGAUAAAAUUUCGUCUAGUGUCAUUGAGCCAUCUUCGUCCGAGGAUCGAACAGCAUCCGGGUACAGAGGCGUUCUCGAGGAUUUUAGGGAUUUCAAACGCUCAGAAGCUGUAAAGAAGGCACAAAAAGAACAAGCUCUUGCUGAGUUGGCCGCCGCAUGCUCACUUACUUGUCGUUCCUAUGUAAGAGUUCUGUUUUCGUAA